AUGUUCUCUGUUUCCAGCGAAAGAAAUAAAUACAGACUUGGCCUUGGGAAGUAUACAGGUGAGUGCCUACAAUCUGUGGAUUGGUCUAUUUUACCCUAAAUAUGGUUCCUAAAGAUACAGCCGAAUUAGAGCGAUUCUUUCAUUUUUAUACAGACCAAUAAGCCCAGCGUCACAGAAAAGGUUACUAUAACUGUUAUUUACUCCAGAUCCCCCAAAACAGUAGAUUCUUCGUUUUUGCUUGUUUGUUUUUGUUUGUUUGUUUGUUUGUUUUUUUUCAGAACUUAUUACAUUCUCUUCUAUCAUCAGAGUCUGAAAAACUCUGACAUUCAAUUUCUCUCCAAAGUAACACAAUUUCUGGACUUUCUGAUGGUUCCUAAACUCCCGUCUUUGAGGGGAGCCGCAAGUUUAGUGUUGUGCCUACUUUUGCUAACCGUCGGUGUUUUUGUCUCAGGAACUGCUGGGGAUUCUUUGAGCUUUCAUAGGAACAUGGCAUUCUCCACUAAAGAUCGCGACAAUGAUAAAUACUCGGGCAACUGUGCCGCAUACUAUAAAAGUGCUUGGUGGUACAACAACUGUGUUCGUGCCAACUUAAACGGCUACUAUUACCACGGUUCGCACGUCGGGUCUGCCCAUCGUGGUAUCAACUGGGAUAAAUGGAAGGGUCAAAGUUACUCCGCUAAGAGAGCUGAAAUGAAGAUCAGGCCCAUGGACUUUUAAGCUAAAAACAUACACAAACAAGGAAUACACUACAUGAGCUAUAGUUUAUCAGCUUUUCUACAUAGUUGAGUGACACAGAGUAAAAAGCAAUGUAAUGUGCUUUAAUAUUUGAAUGGGUCUAACACAAAGUAAUGGGUUUAAUAAACUGAAA